AUGGAUUCUUCCGCCUUCCAGCUGGCCUUUCAAGGCCGCGCACAUUCUGCUGCUGUGCGCUGUUGCUGCCUGCUGCCUAAUGGUCUGCUGCUGACGGGGUCGUUAGACUCAACAGUUGUUGUGUGGCGGCAGCAGAAGGAGGAGCAACAGCAGCAGCCUGCUGCUCCUUCAACUUCUUGCGGUGGAACCGUUGGCAACGACGGCAGCAGCAGCGGCAACGGCAGCAGGAUUGGCAACGGUGGUUCUUUGGGGUGUAUGUACAGCCCGGAGAAAGUGCUGCAGCACCAUAAGGACUUUGUUCUGUGUGUCUCUCCUUCCUCUCUUCCCGGGCAAUUCUUCUCUGGCAGCAAAGAUCAAACCCUCUGCAGGGGACACAAGAGCGCGGUCUGUUCGGUGGCGGAGCGGAAGGAUGUUUUGGCAUCAGGCGAUUGGGCUGGAGAGGCGAGGGUUUGGCAUAGAGACGAGGGAGUGUUGUUGCAUGUCUUGAAGCAGCAUCAUGCAUUUGCAGUUUGCUUGUGUUGGCUGGGAGAGGAGCUGGUGACUGGUUCACAAGCUAAAACUAUUUGCUUUUGGACUCAGAAGGGGGAGUUGAGAAACUGCGUUGAAG